AUGAUACGCGGCAAGAGUCCAAGUAAAAGAUGGAUUCGAGAGAACACUGAACCAAUUAAUCAGUGACGAGACUUUUGCGAAAAAGUCGUUCGAGCCUCGAACUUCGAGGCGAAUCGGCAAAGCCACGGCACAAAUUACUUAAAUUACAAAUGGCUAGCGAAGGACGUCGGAGACAAAACACUGAGUGUUGUAGUGUUUUGUAGACUAAUUUACUUGUGAGUUAAGCUUCCAAUCAAUACUGUUGUCAUUAUUGCGACUUUCAGCAAACUCUGCGAACAGAGAAAAGGUGAACGCUACGGAUUCACUCCAUCGGGCGUCGUCGAGUGGACCGGCAACAGAAAACCGAAGGUGUUCUGCAUCAAAGGCCUCUGCACUGGCUUUUUCGAGAAGGACGCGAAAAUUGCGUUGAAAAUGAUGCCGUGCCGUACGAAAGGGCUUUUACAGCAUAUACUGCGGGUGUCCCUAAAUCCUUCUGGAAAUAGACACCGCUUAUUCAUUGCUAAUCGCUGUUUUAAACUAACGAAUGUUCAUUGCCUUUAAUUUUGUUCUCAUCUCCUAGAAUUCCAAGGUCACAGAGCCGAAUGGCUCUUACUAA